AUGAGCAACAGCAUGCGCGACUUGAUCUCUGGCGAGGCCGAGCUUGAUGACGAAGAAGAGGAUGAGUCCUUUGAUGAGCGUGGUGGACAGCGCAGAAACAAGAAUGCUGUAGAAGAUUCAAGUGAAGAGGAAGAAGACGACGAUGAUGAGGAGGAAGCUCGCAAGGUUCGCGAAGGUUUCAUCGUCGACGAAGAUGAAGACGAGGACGAAGGCGGCGAGUCCGAUGCAGACGUGCGACCCUUACACAAACGAAAACGAGAGCACCGCGAUCGCGAGGAAGAGGCACAGUUAGACGAGGACGAUCUGGAUUUGAUCGGUGAGCAGUUUGGCGAGCGACCUAAGCCCGCAACACAGUCCAAGUUCAAGCGCCUGAAGCGUGGCACUCGCGACGAAGACCGAGGCAAUCAACGCCGUGGCCUCGAUGACAUCUUUUCCGAUGAGGAAGAUGAUGCAGGCGAACAGCGGGCAUACAACAACAGGUCAUCGUACCGCCAGGCCGACGAGUUUGACGAUUUUAUUGAAGAGGACUUCCCCGAUGACCCUGAAGAACUGGAACAGCAGCGAGAAGACGCCGAGGUUGCCCGUCCCAGAGAUCGCGUCAUCGGAAACAUCGCCGACACCGCCAAUCUGGACAAGGAUGCCUUGGAUGACAUGGAGGCCAUCUUUGGUAAUGGCGAAGACUACGAUUGGGCACUGCAGAUGGAAGAAGAGGAGGAGGACCGCGAAAGAGAAGAACAGGCGAUAGAGUUGAAGGACGUAUUCGAGCCUUCACAGCUUAAGGAGAAGCUCUUGACCGACGAAGACAACGAGAUUCGGUUUACUGACGAACCCGAGCGAUUCCAAAUCGACCGAAAGACGUUCAAGAGCUUGCAACUCACGGCAGAGCAGUUCAAGGAGGAGGCACGCUGGAUCACCAACCAACUUUGGCCCAAGAAAGGUCUCGCCUCUGACCUGCAGAGCCCAUUUGGCAAGGCAGUUGGCAAAGUUCUCGAAUUCUUCAUCGUCGACGAGGUUGAGGUGCCGUAUGUGUUCCAGCACCGCAAAGACUACCUGCUCCAUACCAGGAAGACACGAAAUCCGAAUCGCGAUGAUCCCGAUGCGCCCGAAUAUGUCAUAAGCGCGGACAAGUUGUUGAACCAGGACGAUCUGUGGAAAAUCUUAGAAUUGGACAUUAAGUUCCGGUCUUUCGUGGACAAGAGAAACGCUCUUGAGAAGACGGUCGACAACCUGAAAGGAAUGGAAAUUCAUGACGCCAUGGUGGAUGAAAUGAUUCCCGAGGCGACAACUAUGGAGGAACUUCAAGACUUGCAAGAUUACCUGCAUUUCCAAUAUGGCCAACAAUUGAAGGACCUUGCUGCACUGGCCGGUAAUCUCUCCUUGACAAAGCGACCGGGUUCAAAAUCCAACUUGCUCGAGAGAGUCCGCCAAGGCAAGGCGUAUGGCUUUGUUCGCGCCUACGGCAUCUCGGCAGACCAACUUGCAAAGAACGCCCUGCGACAUGGAAAGAAGGUCACCCCUGACGAUGAUGCACAAUAUCCUAUGGACUUGGCGGACAGCUUGAUCGAUGACGUUUUCAGCACAGGCGACCAAGUCAUCAGCGCAGCCCGACAAAUGUACUCGGAAGAGUUAUUUGCUAGCCCAAGAAUGCGCAAGCAUUUCCGAAACUCAUACUACCAGGCCGCUGAGAUCAGCUGUCGGCGAACUGAAAAAGGACUGCGCAGAAUCGACGACUCCCACCCAUACUAUGAGAUCAAGUACUUACAGAACCAAGCUAUUGCCGACCUGGUUCAUCAGCCAGAGCUUUUCUUGAAGAUGAUGAAGGCUGAAGAGGAAGGACUCGUCACUAUCAAGCUAGAUAUGCCUGCUCGAUAUGAUUUCCGACAGCAUCUCUACCAGGAAUUUGAGUCCGAAAACUUCAGUGAUCGAGCCGAGCAGUGGCGAGAAGAGCGCAAGAAGGUGCUGGACGUCGCUUAUCCCAAGCUGGAGAAGAUCAUCGCAAAGAAUGUUAAGGAAGUCAUCCGUACUUUCUGUCAAGAUGAAGUACUCAAGAUGUGUCGGGAGGAAUACGCGAAGAGACUUGACCAAGCGCCGUACAAGCCCAAGGGCAUGAUUCUGGGCACUACACCGCGUGUCUUAGUUCUCUCCAAUGGUAUGUCCGACCCCGCCCGUGAUCCUAUUUGUUGGGCAUGGGUAGAGGAAGACGGGCGAGUGAUCGAGCAAGGAAAACUGGGAAAUCUUGCUCGAGACGAGCGCCAGCGAGAAGAGUUUGAAGAACUCGUGAAACGCCGUCGACCCGAUGUCAUUGGUGUAAGUGGUUGGUCUGCUGAAACGACCAAGUUGGUGCGUGACCUGGAGGGCUUGGUCAACGAGAAGGGUCUCAUGGGGCCUGAGUUUGAGGACCCUGAUACCAAUGACUACAGAACGGAGCCCUUGGAAGUCGUGGUGGUGAACGAUGAGGUUGCUCGCUUGUACAAGGACAGUCCUCGCGCCCUUGCCGAGCACCCGAGUCUUAACCCCAUCACGAGGUACUGCGUCGCCCUGGCGCGUUACAUGCAGAACCCCAUGAAGGAAUAUGCAGCCCUUGGCAAGGAUGUUUCUUCACUUUCUUACCACCCUUGCCAGAACCUCCUCCCAACGGACAAGCUGGCCAAGUAUCUGGACUCGGCUAUGGUAGACAUGGUGAACCUCUGCGGUGUGGAUAUCAACGAGGCCAUGAACGAUACUUACACUGCCAAUCUUCUGCCUUAUGUUUCUGGACUGGGACCCCGAAAGGCCACAAGUGUCAUCAAAGCUAUCAACGCCAAUGGCGGCGCUGUGGGAACAAGAGACGAACUCGUGGGCGACCCUGAUAGUGGCAAGCUGCCUGUUGUUGGUCCAAGGGUUUGGAACAACUGCGCAAGCUUUCUUUUCAUCGAGUACGAGGCCACAAACCCAUCAUCUGAUCCACUAGACAACACACGUGUCCAUCCUGAGGACUAUGAAUUAGGCCGAAAGAUGGCUGCCGAUGCUCUUGAGCUCGAUGAAGAGGAUGUCAAGGGCGAAACGGACGAGAAUGGACCUGGAGCCAUUGUUCGCAAACUUUUCAAGAUGGACGAACAGGACAAGGUCAAUGAACUUGUACUCGAGGAGUAUGCCGAGCAGUUGGAGAGGAACUACAGCCAGCGCAAGCGAGCUACUUUGGAGACGAUCCGUGCUGAACUCCAAGCCCCCUACGAAGAACUACGAAGGAACUUUGCUCUCCUGUCAGCAUCGGAAAUCUUUACCAUGUUCACUGGCGAGACCAAGCACACUCUUUGCGAGGGUAUGAUCGUCCCCGUCAACGUGCGGGUUGUCAAGGAUGACUUUGCCAUUGUCAAACUUGACUGCGGGAUCGAGGGCCGAGUCGAGGGCCACGAGGUCAGCCACCGAUCGUCCAUCAAAGAAGUGCUGAGCUCUGGACAAACGGCCCAAGCCAAGAUCCUGGAUAUCAACUACAAAGACUUUAUGGCGAAACUUUCCAUGCGGGACGAUGCGCUGCGUGUUCCCUACAAGCGACCUAUCAACCUCGGUCGGGAUGGAUGGGACUAUGUCCUGGAAGCUGCUGACAAAGAGGAGUUGCGAGAAAAGGAUAAGACAACCGGACGGACCCAGCGUGUCGUCAAGCAUCCUAAUUUCAAGCCUUUUAAUGGUCUGCAGGCCGAAGAAUAUCUGGGAUCCCAGCCAAACGGCGAGGUUAUAAUUCGACCUUCGUCCAAGGGUAAUGAUCAUCUGGCGGUCACCUGGAAGGUCGCGGAUGGUGUGUUUCAACAUAUUGACGUUCUCGAGAUGCAAAAGGAAACGGAGUUCGCAGUGGGCAAGCUGUUGCGCGUGGGCGGUAAGUACACAUACACCGACCUGGACGAAUUGAUCGUCGAGCACGUUAAGGCUAUGGCACGCAAAGUGGAGGAAUUGAUGCGGCACGAUAAGUACCAAAACCGAUCUCGGGGAGAGACGGAGAAAUGGUUAACGACUUACAUCGAUGCCAAUCCCACUCGAUCGACGUACGCUUUCUGCAUCGAUACUAAACAUCCUGGAUACUUCUGGCUGUGCUUCAAGGCUAGCAGGGCAGCCAAGGUGAUUGCGCUGCCAGUGCGCGCAAUUCCGCAAGGGUUUGAGCUCAAGGGCUAUCAAUAUCCUGACAUGCGAGCGCUCUGUAACGGAUUCAAGCUACGUUAUCAGAAUGAAUUCUCGAAAAUGGGUCAGCGCUAG